AGUUCAAAAUGGGCAACGCAACCACCACAUUGAUCCUAGUGUUAGCAUUCUAUGUAUUGGUAGCUGCAGCAGCAAGAACAAAGUUUUACAAAAUCAAUGCUAAGGAAGGAGAAUUUUCAUCUUCUCCACCUACUAAUGAUACCAUUUGCAAAACAAUGGUGGAGCCGUGGGGCUACAUAUGCCACGAGCACAAUGUGACAACCAAAGAUGGUUAUAUUCUUAGUUUGCAGAGGAUGCCAAAUGCACGGUCUGGUGCACCGGCAAAGAACCCACCCGUUUUGUUACAACAUGGAAUCCUAUCGGAUGGCAUAAUAUGGGUGACGAAUUCCCCAAAUGAAUCUUUGGCAUUCAUUUUGGCAGAUAAUGGCUAUGAUGUGUGGAUUGCCAACACUCGUGGAACUAAAUACAGCAGCAAACAUGUGUCACUUACGCCUCAAGAUGAGGCUUACUGGGAAUGGUCCUGGGAUGAAUUGGUGACGUAUGAUCUUACUGCCUUUGUCCAAUUUGUGUACAAUAAUACAGGAAAAAAACUGCACUAUGUUGGACAUUCAUUGGGAACUUUGCUGGCUCUUGCUUCUUUUUCCGAAAAUAGGCUGUUGAACAUGAUUCAAUCAGCUGCUUUGCUGAGUCCAAUUGCUCAUUUGGCUAAUAUCUCAUCACCUCUUACAAAAUUUGCUGCUGAUAUUUUUUUAGGGGAAGAAUUGUACUGGUUAGGCCUUCAUGAAUUUUCUCCAGGAGCAGCCCCUGUAGUCCAGCUUCUGCAAAAUUUCUGCUCUCAGCCAGGCAUCAAUUGCUCUGAUGUGCUGGUUUAUUUCACAGGCGAAAAUUGCUGCAUAAAUUCCUCAAUAAUAGAUGUGUUUCUUAAACAUGAACCUCAGCCAACUGCCACAAAAAACAUGAUUCACCUGGCUCAGAUGAUUAGAACGGGGACAGUAGCCAUGUAUGACUAUGGUGCAGUUGACAACAUGAUUCACUACAGGCAAACUACUCCCCCAUUGUACAACAUGACAAGUAUUCCAAAUAAUAUUCCUCUGUUCAUUGGCUACGGUGGGAAGGACUCGCUUGCCGAUCCAAAUGAUGUGAAGCUUUUGCUGCAAAAUCUUAAACAUCACAGCGCCAAUAAGAUGGUGGUACAUUACGUAGAGGACUAUGCUCAUGCUGAUUUUGUUCUUGGCAGCAAUGCUAAUCAACUUGUAUAUAAUCCUGUAAUGGCCUUUUUUGGGCUCAACUCAACUUGA